GGGAGCGGUUCGGACGUGCCUGAACCCGAUAGUGGCUACAUUCGCGUAUGAACCUAAUCGUGACUUGUUGCGAUGUUUAGUGAAUAAAGGAAAUGAUUUGAGUGGCUUACUUUCGUGCUGAAUGACAUGCUUGAUUUUACGGUUGAUAUAGUGAAACGAAGUACACCACAAUGUUGGAACAACGUAGAUUUUUAGAAUAAAACUGUAAUCAGAAUGAUACAAUAGUCCUAAAAUCGACCUAAGUAUAAAAAUAAAUGAACCCAAAGCAAAAUAAAUGAACCAUCAAGUGAUAUUAAUGAAUGCAUGAGUGCGCGCGGACACAAAAUGUACUGUUUGGGAUGAUGCCGUGUGAAUAGUUUAUGUGGGCGGAAUGAGGAGCGAGCGAUCUUGUUUUUGGUCCAUGCUGCAGGCUCUGGCUUUGCUGCCUACUAUGGCGUUAAAAGAUUCUCAACCAACUACAAAGAAAUUCUCACCAGAAGAACCAGCCUUCGAGAGGCCUAUCGGAAACCACACUUUCUUCUUGGGCAGAGAAGCGGUACUCGGCUGUGCUGUCACAAACCUUGGAAAACAUAAAGUGGGAUGGCUCCGAGCCGAAGACCAGACAGUUCUCACGAUGCACGAGCGAGCAGUUCUCGGCUCCAGAUACGCAGUAAGCCUGGACGCGCCCAUGACUUGGCAGCUCCGCAUCAGACCACUCCGGGCUGAGGAUCGAGGGUGCUACAUGUGCCAGAUCAACACCCAGCCGACCAUGACCUGGCAGAUUGGCUGCAUUGAUGUAUUCGUACCGCCGGACAUCGUCAGCGACGACACAUCGGGUGACGUCUCCGUGCAAGAGUUGGAGAACGCCACCCUGACAUGCAAAGCCACCGGCCAUCCGCCUCCGAAGAUAACCUGGAGGAGAGAAGACCAUGAACCCAUACUAUUGAAGAAGCCUUCUUCAAGGGAUUUUGAUAAAGUGGAAAGCUACGUGGGCAGUUCCAUGCCGUUGUGGCGGGUUGAUAGACGACAGAUGGGUGCAUUCCUCUGCAUAGCAUCAAAUGACGUACCGCCCGCCGUCAGCAAGAGGAUCACGCUGAAUGUUAACUUCGCACCAACAGUAAAAGUGCCAAACCAGCUGCUCGGCGCGCCACUCGGCACGGACGUGAAACUGAAGUGCUACGUGGAAGCCUAUCCCAACACUAUCAACUACUGGAUUAAGAACCGAGGGGAAAUGCUUCUAGAUGGGCCAAAGUACACAAUACGGGAGGAAAAGACGUCCUACAAGGUCUCGAUGUGGCUGACCAUCCGCCAAUUCGCCAAAAGCGACAUCGGCACUUACAACUGUGUCAGUACCAACUCUUUGGGCAAGAGUGAAGGGACCUUGAGGUUAUACGAAAUAAAGCUCAAUUCGUACUCGGAGGAUUUCAGCAAUCAAAUAAGCGUCGCUGGAGGUCUCACGGAAGCUGCAAAAGGAAACUCGGAAACCAAAUUAAAUUCUGAAAGGACAUUGAUCUCAAUAUUGAUAUGUAUCUAUAUAUUCAUGUUAUCGUAGUCACUAUGAUGUAAAUAAAGCGUUGAAUCAUUUUUGUUGCUUUAAAAGUAAUUUUCAUGUUUAACCUUACUGAACUCGCGUGGCGGUCUCAUAGACCGACUUGCGGGCGAAAUUAAGAGGAUUAUACCCUCUGAGCCAUUUUUGAGCAAUUUUGACCCCUUAUAUUUUGUAACAUCCCUACAUUUACUUUAAAAAAACGUAUUUAUGCUACAUUGUAGAAAAUUUUCAGUUUUAUUAUAUUAGAAGACAACAUUUUACAAUUUAUUGAUAGUUUUCUUCUUAUCCUUAUCUUAUCUUAGUGAAUUUAAAGUGACACAUUUAUAAAUAUUUUAAGAAAUCAUUUUAAAAUGAUUGGUCUAACGGACCGAUACAAGUUUGUUAUUACAUAGAAAUAUCGCGAGUUGAGAAAGGUUAAAAACUCUGUGUAAAUAUUAACUUGUAAGAUGUAACAUUUAAUUGUAAAGUGACAAGACAACGAUGUAUCUAACAGAUCACUCUUGUAACCGAAGUUUCGCUUAGAUUCGCCAAAUUCAAGUAUUGUUUACAUUUAAUUGUGAACGCUCGAUUAUAAGACUGUUUACAACAAAUAAACUGAAAUGAUAA